GUGAAUUUAAACUGUUCGGGAUGUAAGAGAAGCAAGAAAAAAAGGAUUCUGUUGUUCAGAAAAUACAAAAGAAUCGCCACAAGUGUUAAAAAGCUGCUCAACAAAAACAAAGAAUUGAAGAAGUUACGUACACAUUUUUAGACGACAGGAGUUUCUUGUUAUUUCAAAACAUGUUAGGAAAGAAGCUCGACAAGCAAGCACUUAGGAAAACUGUUGUUUUCAAAAAGUCGAUAUAACAAUAAAUAAAACUUUCUAUGUAGAAUAAUUGAAUCUAUUCAGAAAUUUUUUAACAAUAUUUUAAUUUCUGAACAGAAGUACAACAAAUUGCUGAAAGCAAACGACCUAGAAAAUGAUGAAGUUGACUUUGGAACAGAAAAAGACGAAACAGAAAGCAUGCUUGAACCCGGAGAGCAAAACUCUGAAGAAUCUGAUUUUGGCUUAUCCGAUGAAUCUUACGGUGAAAGCGAAGAUGAGGGCAUGGAUGAUGAUGAUGAUGAUGAUUAUGAUAUGGAUGACAAAAGUGGUGAUUAUGAUGAUGAUGAUUACGAUGACGAUGAUGAAAGAAAAAACAUCCAAUCAAACCGCAUAAAAUUUGAUCUGAAAACUCCAGUGGCAGAAGAGCCCAAGUUCAUUGUGUUUUGCAGUAUGCUGAUGCAACUAUUUUCAAUGUUCUGCUUCAAGUGCAAAGUUGGCAAACCUGAUGUUGAAUUGGUCAAAAAUGGCACCAUGAUAACUGUAAAUCAAAACUGUGAUCAAUGUGGAAAGAAGUCCUUUACUUGGCAAUCGCAGCCAUUCAUGCUUGGACGUUAUCCCGCAGGAAAUUUUCUGCUCAGUUUUGGCAUACUAACUGCUGGUGCCUCGAUAAGCAAAAUCCUUCUGCUAUUUAAGCAUAUGGGAUUAGCAGCCUACAAAGCAAGGACCUACUUUCUGCAUCAGCGCGAAUUUCUGUUUCCUUCUGUCCUACAUCAUUGGGCAAAUUACAAAACGCUCUUGACAGAAGAG